AGCCUGUUGAUUAUACCAAUCUUCCAUUCCUUAAACACGCGCUUAUUUUGUAAAUAAACGUAGGUUUCUUUGGUUUUUAACUAAAAUCAUGAGUUUUCUGAAACCCAAGACCCAUAUAGAAAAGGGCGAUGUAGUGAUAUUGUAUUUGAGCGUUAGUUCAAUGCAUGCCAUCGAAGCGGUGCCGGAGAUAGUAAACAAAAAGGGCGAAACUAUUCCCCAUAUUUUUCAGACCAAUUAUGGUUCCCUGAAAGUGGAAAAUAUUAUAGGCGUGGAGUACGGAAGUCGUGUGGAACUAUCCAAGGGUUGGGCAAAUGUCCUUCAGCCUACUCCGGAGUUGUGGACCCAAACGCUGCCACAUCGCACGCAGAUUAUUUAUACCCCCGAUAUUAGCAUGAUUAUCCAUCAAUUGGAGGUGCGACCAGGUGCGGUGGUCAUUGAAUCGGGCACAGGAUCAGGAUCUCUAUCGCACUACUUUCUUAGAGCACUGAAACCCACGGGACACCUGCACACCUUCGAUUUUCACGAAGCUCGAGCGGAUCAGGCACGCGACGAAUUCCGGCGUCAUGGAAUCGCCGAUUUCGUCACCGUCUAUCACCGGGAUGUGUGCAAUCUGGGAUUCAGCGGGGAACUGGAUGGAAAGGCCGAUGCGGUCUUCUUGGAUCUGCCCUCACCCGAUCUCGCAGUGCCGCACGCCUUUAAGGCGUUGAAGCUGUCCGGUGGUCGUUUUUGUUCAUUCUCGCCCUGCAUUGAGCAGUCGCAACGCUGCAUCCAGGAGCUGACCAAACUGGGCUUUAACGAGAUUGUAUCCUUGGAGGUGCUGCAGCAAGAGAACGUGGUCAAGACCCGAACGUUGCCCGUCAUCGAUCUGGAGUUCCUUAAAUUACCCAAAACAGAAGAGACGGCGGCGGCAGCCGAAGAAACCAAAACGUCUAAGGAGGUGAAGAAGUACCUGACCUCAAGUAAUCCCCAAACGCUGCCCGGUCACACGGGCUUCCUCACCUUCGCCACUUUGCCACCGAAUAUACCAAAGGCAUGAUGAAUAAACUUGAAUUUCUUUUUAUUUGACCCACGA